UCAAUUUAGAUCACAACAAAACACGUCGCCAAAAACGGAUCGCCGCGAUGAAAAUCCUGCAAAUUUCCGAGAUUUUAAUAAAGCGGAUUACGGCGAUCAAGGAGCCGGUCACAGGGCCGCUGUACGGAGUUUCGUGCGGAGAAGAACUGGUCAUCGUUCUCGGGUUUAGCAAACGGGUUGGAGAAACCGAAAUCCCGAAUUUACCGUGCCGGAUCGAGAGAACCGGGUGGCUCCGGAUCGGCCCGAGCGAAGAUGCGGAGGAGUUUAUGAGCGGCGCUGCCGGAGAGGGCAGUUCCGUUUUGUUGCUUCUCCCGAGUCCCGGAGAUGUUCAAUCUCUGGAGGCGUUUUUCUAUGAAAAUGGCAGUCGGAGGGUGGUCCCGCACCAGAUAAUUCCGGAGGGGCAGCUAUUCCGCGAGCUGUUUGUCCUACGCCUGAGGUGCACCGUGCCGCUGGUGUGUGAGCAAUCGGAGAAAUCCAUUAGCGAGAAUGCCGUGCGGUUACGGAAGCACUUCGAAACGGGUUGUGUGGCAUUUCGAAUUCCCGCUGCCCCGGACGUUCUGCUAAGCCAGCAGCGUGUGCAGGGAGUUGGUGCCGACGAGAGCGUUGAAGCACUCUACGGCUUGGUGACGGCUCCGCCCGCCGAACGGGAUGACGGAUUCGGUGUACCGGGUGUUCCAGUGAAAGCGUCGAAGAAAGCGUCCAAUCAGUCGACCGUUACUCUAACCGGAUACCGGGUGAUCGAUGUGGUGACGCUGAUGCGCAAAUCGAACCACGAGUGGGACAUGCAGCUACGCCGAGAAGCAUGUAACGUAACGAUCGAUAACCGGAACGAGGGACAGAUUGUGAAGAUACCGAUCCAGCUGGAUUUCCUUACUGUUGCCCACGGCAGCACAAAAAUACAGGAUCUGCAUCUUUAUCUGGCGCACAGUGCCGUCCGAUCGUUCGAACUCAUCGAGCAGGCAUUGCUAGAGCAGCUGCGAGAGCAAAAACGCUGCUUCGCUUCAAAAUGCUUUCACUUUAUGCCGCGCGAUUUGGGUCACUUCGUGACGUGUGUUUACUCGGUCGGCGAUGAACUGUCGGAAUCGGAUGCGUACCUGCAACGGAAACGGGCGGAAUUGCACAAAGAGUUCCUCCUGCCAGGCAACAGACCCUACUUCCGAAAGGGUAAUGCUUAUCGCUUCGAUUCAAGCGGCAUUUUACAGAAUCCUCACCAAACGCUGGCCGAUCCUUAUCCAGACGGCCUGACGGCGGUAGUCGAUGGUAUCUAUACGUACCAUCAUUACAUGCAGGAUAACUUCGAUGAUAAGGGCUGGGGCUGUGCGUACCGCUCUCUACAGACGCUCAUUUCAUGGUUUAAUCUGCAGGGCUACAGCACAGGACGGCCAACGAUACCCUCGCACACGGAUAUUCAAAAGUGUUUGGUCCGCGUAGGAGACAAGCAGCCGGCCUUUGUCGGGUCACGUCAGUGGAUCGGUUCGACGGAGGUGUCGAUCUGCCUAAACGAGUUCGUCGGUGUCGAUUCACGCAUCAUGCACGUUUCUUCUGGUGCGGAGCUCGCUAUGCGUGGCCGCGAGUUGGUUCAUCAUUUCCAGAUGCAAGGCACUCCGAUUAUGAUCGGUGGCGGUGUGCUAGCGCACACAAUACUCGGAGUGUCCCUCGAUGCUGACGAAGAGGGGCGAACAAAGUUCCUCAUUCUCGAUCCACACUACACCGGAGCGGACGAACUGGGCACGGUACUUUCGAAGGGUUGGUGUGGCUGGAAGGGUGGAGAUUUCUGGGACAAAACUUCGUACUACAACUUGUGCAUGCCACAGCGGCCAGCUAUGGUGUGAGGGGACUGCAAUGCAAACUGUAACAUGGCGACACUGUUGACUGUUGAGCGGUUGCGGGAACAUUAUGUAUAUGGUUACUGUUUCCCCUUUAUAUUACUUUUUAAUAAAGAUUAUUUACACUCACUA